AUGCCUUGCGCCGCUUGUGGACAGGACAAAGAGACGACGGAGUGGAAAUGGGAUCCCCUCAGGUGGGAGUUGGACCCGCCCUGCACCGAGGCAGAAUGGAAGUACCUGUCUGAUACCAAUGGAGCGCCCGAUUUCAUGGCACUUCAGCAGUGUAGCUACAUGAACAAGAUCUGCCGGGGAUGCUACAAUUCCAGACUUCUUGUCAUGGCAAAGGUCAAGACUAGGAUCAGAGCCGUCGGUGGCUUGGAGGAGCUUCAGCCGUCUAUGAAGAUGCGGAAGGAGUAUGAAGCUGCUCACCAAGCUGACCUCCUGAAGAAUCGGCCUGCAAAGAUCGACGGCUUGCAGAGCGCAGCCGAACUGAAUGGUCAGUUGUGCAGGUUGCUGUCCAGGGAUGCGCAGACGCUGCGGUGGACCGUGGAACUCGUGAGCGGUGAUCAGAAGUCCAUCAAAGAAGCCAAUCUGACGGCCUCGAAGGACAUCGACAUGGAAUGGGAAGUCAGCCGGCAGUGCCCUGGAAGCAAGGCCACUGCUGCGCAGAUGGAUGGAAAGCCGGUGGCAAGGCCUUUGGGGUCCAACACCUCGUGGCCGAAGGUCAAGGGCAUUCAUCCGGGUGCUGUUGUCCGCCUUCAAAACCUGGUGGCAAAGCAGGAGUUGAACGGGCGCAAGGGCAGGUGUAUCAGCUUCGACCCAGAGGUUGGCCGAUGGAAGGUAGAUCUCGGUGAUGAGCAGAA